AUGCAUAUUCUUGGAUUGGCAAACGGUACACCUUCUGGAAAUUCUGAGAUCCUACUCAAGGCCGCAUUGACAGCAGCUACUGAGUCUGACUCCUCCAUCACGACAUCAUGGAUCCACGUCCCCUCUAUAUCUAUUCCAACAAAUCCGGCACCUCUAGAUAGUCCUGUAGGCUUCGAUCUCGCCUCAAAGCUCAACGUCGCUUCCAACAAUGCACCUGACGACCGAGCCGCUGUUCGUGAGGCCAUCCUCAACGCCGAUGCCAUAAUCGUUUCUACACCCACAUACAGCCAUCAACCCUUGGGCACGUUGAAACUACUCAUGGACAGGAUAGGAGGUCCCUCUCUCGAUGUCACCUUUGGCAAGACAUUCAACCCUGAUAAACUCGAUCCACGGCUUUCAAAGCCGAGGGUCUUAGGUUUCAUCGCAGUGGGUGGCUCAUCGACUCCAGAUCAAUUCACGAUGGUGUUGCCGACAUUGCAUCUCUUGUUCUAUGCUCUCCACGCCAAAGUGGUUGAUCAAUUCAUCGGUCAGGAUCUAGGAAGUUCGGGUGCGGUGUGUUUGCAUGCGGAUCUGAUCGCUCGAGCACAGCGCAUGGGCAAGAAUCUUGCAAGUCAGCUUGGCAAUUCGUAUGACGAUGCGAGAUAUUUGGGCGAUGAGGAAGACGGGGCGUGUCCGCAUUGUCAUCUUGCCAAAAUCGAGCUUCUGCUUGAACACGGCAAGAAUGCGAUUGGGUGUACGACAUGUGGUACUAGGGGUCAUCUGACUGUGAAUGAGCAUGGAAAUAUACUUCCAGUAUGGGAACAGGAGUCCAUGUGGAGUUGUUUGACCUGGGCAGGUAAGCUGCAACACGCUAAGGAUAUCGUGAGCUGGGCCAAAAGAGACGAGCCAAGGAAAGCAGACAUCAAGGAAGGGCAAGAAAGAUGGAAGCAAGUCAUUGUUCAGCAAAUUACCUUGCCUAGUCAGAAAAUAUCACAAUCAUAA